AUGGUCAAGUUCACUUUCGGCAUGUGCUAUUGCUUCAUCACCAAGCUAGCUCUGGUGGCUUGGUAUGUUCUGCUAACAAUUGAGAACACCUGUUCCUGGAGGGAAUGGGUCCCCCGCCUUCGCCUCUCAUACCAAGACCUGCUGAGAUCAAACAGCUCCCGCCUGCCGUUGAACUCAGAGACUGACCUUGCAUUCCAGUCACUCCUUCUGGAUGAGAAGAGGGCUUGGCUGAUGGUGGGAGCAAAGGACCGUAUAAUUCUUCUGCACCUUGAUGGUUCUAACAGGGAGCCUCAGGAGGUUUUCUGGCCAGCUCCUAAGGAGCAGGUGAAGCAUUGCAGGCUGGCUGGGAAGAAUCCUGAGACAGAAUGUGCCAAUUUCAUUCGCUUUCUGCAGCGUUUCAACCACACUCAUGUGUUUGCCUGUGGAACUGGCUCCUAUCAACCUGUGUGUGCCUUCAUUCAACUCAAAGGUGGAGCUAAGGAACCAGGAAUAUUAGCUAUGCAACUGAUGACCCACUCCAUAGAAUCUGGGAGAGGCAAAUGUCCGUAUAGCCCACAUGAGCAUUUUGCAGGGUUGCUAAUAGAUGGGGAACUUUAUUCAGGCACUUCCACUGACUUCAUGGGAAGCAAUGCUGCUUUCUUCCGAACCCAUCUUGACCAGCCUGAGCAAAACUACAUCAGGACGGAGCAGAACCAAGAUGAUUGGUUAAAUGAGCCGGUGUUUAUUGAGGCCCAUGCCAUUCCUGAUACUUACAGCCAUGAGGAUGAUAAAGUGUACAUCUUUUUCCGGGAAACUGCGGUGGAAGCUGGACAGUGGGAAAAAAGGCGUAUCCAUGCUCGGGUGGCCCGUGUCUGCAAGAAUGAUAUUGGUGGGAAGCAUAGCCUUAUCAAUCGCUGGAGCACUUUUCUUAAAGCACGGCUGAUUUGCUCUAUACCAGGUCUCCAGGGCACCGAAACACAUUUUGAUCAACUAGAAGAUGUCUUCCUCCUUCAAACCCGUAACAUACAGAACCCUCUGGUUUAUGGCCUCUUCACGGUUUCCAGUGGCAUUUUUAGUGGUUCUGCAGUGUGUGUUUAUUCCCUGGCAGCCAUUCGGGCUGCCUUCAAUGGACCUUUUGCACACAAGGAAGGCUUCGAUUAUCAGUGGGCUGAAUAUAAAGGACGGAUCCCUUACCCUCGUCCUGGAACAUGUCCCAGUGAAACAUAUGACCCAUUCCUGCAGUCAACCAAGGACUUCCCUGAUGAAGUGAUUAGCUUCAUGCGUACUCAUCAUCUGAUGUGGGACCCCAUCUAUCCACUCCACAGGAAGCCUGUUCUGAUCAGAGUCAAUGUGCCUUUCAACAUCCGGCAUCUGUUGGUGGACAGAGUGGAGACAGAGGCUGGACAUGUUGAUGUCCUCUUCCUUGGAACAGAUGAGGGCAAAGUACUUAAGGUGGGCAUCUCCAACCGAGAAGGCCGAGGCUCUCAGGAGAUCAGCUUGGAAGAGAUCCAGGUUUCAAAGGUGCCAUCAGCUAUCCUAGACAUGCAAUUUUCCCUAAAGCGGCAGGAACUUCUCGUGAGCACUGCGAAAGGGCUGGUGCAGCUCUCCAUGUAUCGCUGUGAACUCUACGGCAAGACGUGUGCCGACUGCUGCCUUGCUAGAGAUCCGUACUGCACCUGGGAUGGCAAGUCCUGCAGGGCCGUUCUGCUCACUAAGAAAAGGCGUGCACAGUGCCCAAAUGUGCUGAAGACCAAUCCAAUCAGUCAGUGCCUGGAUGCUGCAAAAG